UAAAGAAACAAUGGUUUUGUUUUUUUUUGAGUUGACAUGAAUGAAUGUUUACAUAGCAUAUGAUAUCUAGUAAGCUAGUUUGUGAGUGUAUAUAAAGUACAUUAUUAAUGUAAUUCGUGCAAUAUCUUUCAUUUAAAAACGUAAUUGACGACAUUAUUAAAACAAAAUACUAAUUAACUUGAUUUUUAUAUUUGAACCCAUGUGCUAAAGCGGAUUUAUAUACGUUGACAAGGAAUUUAAAGUACCAUUUAUAAAGAGUUUUCACUGGAAUAAAAUACGGACUAUAUCUGAAAUCGUUUAUAUUGUCAUCAUCGUGACAAUUAAUACAACAGCAACCGCAACAGCAGCACCAUCGCCGAAAUUCGAGCUGUCCUUUUGAAACUCCAUUCUCCCGGAUAAUUGUAUUCAGAAAUUAUAGGUAUUUAGGAAGAAGAUGCAAUUGGACACUAUGUAUGUGACAAUACUUGUUCUAUUAAUCCUGUCACAGGCUACCAUUGGCCUGUCCCAAGAUUGCACGUCCGGCACAGCUGAUGUUGUUUUCGCGGUGGACGAAUCGUCGUCCGUGGGAGCAGCGAACUUUAAAAGUGUGGUACAGUUUAUCACCGCCAUAAUUAACGGGCUCGCCAUCGGACCGGCGGCGGUACAGGUCGGGUGGGUCCGGUUCUCCACUCGUGCCACCAGCAAGUUUUUUCUGAACACGUACACCACGGCGGCUGCCAUUGUCAAGGACAUAGAUGGACUCCGCUUGACAGGUGGCAGCACGAACAUCAAAGAUGCCUUCGAGAAAGCACGUGACGCGCAGUUCGUCGCAUCAAAAGGUGCCCGGCAAGGGGCCCAGAAGGUGCUCGUGCUUGUGACGGACGGGGAUCAGGAAGGUUUGCAACCGGUGGCGCAGACUCUGCGCAGCUCUGGUAUAAAGAUCAUCACCCUGGGGAUCACAUCCGACGUUGACGAAGUACUGCUGACUAACAUAUCCGACAAGUUCUUCUUCAUUGAGGCAUUCAGCAACCUGUCUUCCGUCCAGCAAGCACUCUUAUCGGCCAUCUGCGAAGCAACCAAAGAGCCUCCCCUUCCGUGUAGCAACGGUCCAUGUCUACACAACGGCACGUGUACUGACAUAGGGACCAGCGAUUUCUCGUGUUCAUGUACGGAGCUAUAUACGGGGUCCAACUGCGGAACCGUAUUCGACCCUUGUAGUUCAGAUCCUUGCCUAAACAAAGGCACGUGUACUUGGCACGAAGCUCUAAAUUACACGUGCUUGUGUACCAAGGGAUAUGUCGGAGAUCACUGUGAAACUGAUAUAGACGAAUGUUUGAAUGGUACAAGCGGAUGCGAACAACAAUGUCAUAACAGCCUUGGAAGUUUCGAAUGCGCAUGCGGAAGCGGAUAUAGGCUCACAUCAGACGGGAAAUCCUGCAAUGAUACCAACGAGUGCAGUAUCGGGUCGCACCAAUGUCAGCAGGUCUGCUUCAACACGGACGGCAGUUACUCCUGCUUCUGCAACGCUGGAUUCACCAAGAACACAGACGGAUUGUCGUGUGACGAUAUAGACGAAUGUUCCAAAGGACUGCAUAACUGCAGCGAUAUUUGCAACAACAUGCCGGGUGGAUUCCACUGUGCCUGCAAAUCCGGAUAUUCACUCACAUCAGAUAACGCAUCUUGCAGUGAUACCGACGAAUGUACCGCCGGCACCGACAUCUGUCAGCAGGAGUGUCAUAACACCGUCGGCAGCUACAACUGUUCCUGUUACCAAGGCUACACAAUAGGCGCAGAUGGCUACACCUGUGAAGACACGGACGAAUGUUGGCAGGCCACGGCCAACUGUUCCCAGACCUGCACCAACAUCCCCGGAUCGUACACGUGCUCCUGUCGUCAGGGCUACCAGCUACUUUCGGACAACGCCACGUGCGAAGAUAUUAACGAGUGCAGUAUCGACUCGGACCAAUGUCAGCAAGUCUGCUUAAACACGGACGGCAGUUAUUCCUGCUUCUGCAACGCUGGCUUCACCACGAACACAGACGGAUUGUCGUGUGACGAUGUGGACGAAUGCUCCAAAGGAAUGCAUAACUGCAGUGAUAUAUGUAACAACACACCGGGCGGAUUCCGUUGCGCCUGCAAAUCCGGAUAUACACUCAAGUCAGAUAACUCUUCGUGCAGUGACACCGACGAAUGUAUCGCCGGCAUCGACCUCUGUCAGCAGGAGUGUCACAACACCGUCGGCAGCUACAACUGUUCCUGUUACCAUGGCUACACACUAGGCAUGGAUGGCCACGUCUGUGAAGAUGUAGACGAAUGUCAGGGUCAGACAGACAACUGUCGUCAAGUCUGCACGAACACAAUCGGCUCCUUCCGGUGCUCGUGCAAUGCAGGCUAUACGCUGAACCAAGACAACUCCACGUGCAGGGAUACGGACGAGUGUUUUCUGCGUACCCACGACUGCGCGCAGACUUGCACGAACGUGGUGGCUACAUACACGUGCAGUUGCGUUGCAGGCUACGAGGCACGUGACGCGGGUCGCACUUGCACAGAUGUGGACGAAUGCUUAGCUAAUUUGAACGACUGCGCGCACGUGUGUACGAACACCAACGGCAGCUUCCGUUGCUCCUGUAGAAACGGAUAUGCCCUUGCAAUCGACGGGAAAAGUUGUGAAGAUGUGGACGAAUGCGCCAGACAGACGCACGACUGCCAACAGCAGUGCUCGAACACCGUCGGUAGCUUCGUCUGCUCGUGCCGCACAGGCUUUAGACUCCAAGCCGACAGUAAAACAUGCGCAGAUAUUGACGAGUGCGUGGCGGGCACGAGCGGCUGUGCGCACAAGUGUUCUAACCGACCUGGCGGGUAUCAAUGCUCCUGCUUAACCGGAUUUCAGCUACAAGCAGACGAUCAUAGCUGUACAGACGUGAAUGAGUGCGCAUCCGGAACAAAAGACUGCCAACAGAUAUGCACCAACACAGUUGGCACCUACGCAUGCGCAUGUCACACUGGGUUUACUCUUAACGAGGAUUUACGGUCAUGUACAAAUAUUGACGAUUGUGCAAACGUCUUCUGCGGUCGAGGUUUCUGUCAGGACGGUCUAGCCUCGUACCGCUGCCUGUGCGAUCCGGGCUACACCGGACCGACCUGUCUCACUGACAUCGAUGAAUGUCAGUCGAAGCCCUGCCUCCACGACGGUUCAUGUACAGAUAGUGUUGCUGACUUCAAUUGCACAUGCGCAGCAGGUUUCCAUGGAAAGCGAUGCGAAAUAAACUCUGACGAGUGCACGAGCAACCCUUGUCAGAACAACGGUACGUGUGAGGACGGCGUCAACGCGUACAAGUGCAGCUGUAUCGGAACCGGAUAUGAGGGCACCCACUGCGAAAAUUUUCAAAACUUCUUCGACAAGAGAACGUACGACGUUUUAGUGAUCGCUAUUCCGGCAGGUGUCGUCGGGCUGGCCGCACUGUUAACGUGUGUGCUGUGUGUUAUACUGGCACGGCGGAAACAUUCAGGGUCACAUACGAUGAAAAAAGAAAAAGAGCUAGAUCCGCAGAAGUAUUGGGACGAAAUCCCUGGAACGGACGACACUGACAUCGGCGUUAUUCAAGUUGAAUUUAGCACCAAAUUGUGAUCUGAGCACUAUACGAACUCCGUAUUAGAAUACAUUACGAACAAGCAAAAUGGGUGCCCCUAGCGAAUAUUUAUCUACGUUUUCUUUCGGUUAUAUUCGCAAAAUAUGUCACACUUCUUAUUCAACGUCCCAUUUAUGAGACUAGUUCCGAACAUGCUUAAGUCAUUAUUCUUUCUGAACUACGACAUUUUUCUUCUAAGUUUUUUGGGAUCAGUUUAACCAUCAUGGUCAAUUUUGGUGUUCACUGACGGAUUUUAAGUGUUGAGUCUGACUCAACCCUGAGUUUGAGGUAGAAUAUAUGGAUAUUCAUAUGGAGGGCUGAGAUUUGAUGUGGCUCACUAGCUUACCGACGUUCUCAGAGUUCAUGGCUCACUAGCUUACCGACGUCCUUUCUCAGAGCCCAUGGCUCACUAGCUUACCGACGUUCUCAGAGCUCAUGGCGCACUAGCUGACCGACGUUCUCAGAGCUCAUGGCUCACUAGCUUACCGACGUUCUCAUAGCUCAUGGCUCACUAGCUUACCGACGUUCUCAGAGCCCAUGGCUCACUAGCUUACCGACGUUCUCAGAGCUCAUGGCUCAUUAGCUUACCGACGUUCUCAGAGCUCAUGGCUCACUAGCUUACCGACGUUCUCAGAGCCCAUGGCUCACUAGCUUACCGACGUUCUCAGAGUUCAUGGCUCACUAGCUUACCGACGUCCUUUCUCAGAGCUCAUGGCUCACUAGCUUACCGACGUUCUCAGAGCUCAUGGCUCACUAGCUUACCGACGUUCUCAGAGCUCAUGGCUCACUAGCUUACCGACGUUCUCAGAGCUCAUGGCUCACUAGCUUACCGACGUUCUCAGAGCCCAUGGCUCACUAGCUUACCGACGUUCUCAGAGUUCAUGGCUCACUAGCUUACCGACGUCCUUUCUCAGAGCUCAUGGCUCACUAGCUUACCGACGUUCUCAGAGCUCAUGGCGCACUAGCUUACCGACGUUCUCAGAGCUCAUGGCUCACUAGCUUACCGACGUUCUAAGAGCUCAUGGCUCACUAGCUUACCGACGUUCUCAGAGCUCAUGGCGCACUAGCUUACCGACGUUCUCAGAGCUCAUGGCUCACUAGCUUACCGACGUUCUCAUAGCUAAUGGCUCACAAGCUGACCGACGUUCUCAGAGCUCAUGGCGCACUAGCUUACCGACGUUCUCAGAGCUCAUGGCGCACUAGCUUACCGACGUUCUCAGAGCUCAUGGCGCACUAGCUUACCGACGUUCUCAGAGCUCAUGGCUCACUAGCUUACCGACGUUCUAAGAGCUCAUGGCUCACUAGCUUACCGACGUUCUCAGAGCUCAUGGCGCACUAGCUUACCGACGUUCUCAGAGCUCAUGGCGCACUAGCUUACCGACGUUCUCAGAGCUCAUGGCGCACUAGCUUACCGACGUUCUCAGAGCUCAUGGCGCACUAGCUUACCGACGUUCUCAGAGCUCAUGGCGCACUAGCUUACCGACGUUCUCAGAGCUCAUGGCGCACUAGCUUACCGACGUUCUCAGAGCUCAUGGCUCACUAGCUUACCGACGUUCUCAUAGCUAAUGGCUCACUAGCUGACCGACGUUCUCAGAACUUAUGGCUCACUACCUCACAGACAUUUUCAGAGCUCAGCUGAAUGGAAACUAAAAUCUGAUCUUCUGAGUUCAGCUGAAAAAUGUAGAAUGUUCCUCAUACUGGGAUCAGCAUACUGACGAAAAUGUGUUCUGAUUAUCGUUACUAAACACGGAUAUAAUUACUUCCCGAAAUAAGGAUCUGCACUGCAUACCUCAAGAAUGUUUGGACCGGUGCUUAGCGAUAUUUGUAUCUGAUUAGAUCUGAUUAUUCUUUAUAUAUCACAAACGUUCUUUUUAAAAAACGUUGGCAAUUGUGGUCUGUCUGAAACGUUUUGUUUUUAUCUACGUGAUAUACUUUUUGUCUGCAUUUUAACUUGAUAACUUGUCGCGCGUUAAAUUUACGUUGAAUCAUCAGUUAUCCAUUAUAACUUUUAAUAUACGUACCUGUGAAAUAGGUGCAGUUGACUUUUAUAAAUAAAAGAAAUUUAUAAACACCAUCGAUUCCAUUACAUAUUCAGUUUCUGUUUUGUUUGUAUGUAAGUGUAUUGAAAUGUUGAUCCGUAGAUAAUUCUUUUCACAUUUAUUCAAAUUGAUCUCAUAUUUAUAUCUAUACAUAACUAAUAAACAUUCUCGCGAUUGUAUGUUUGUAUAUAUAUAUAUUGAAAUUAUGUUUGAGUCGCGCUCUGGGAAAUCCGUUCUUAACGAGACAUUUGCUUGGUAUGUUAUUCAAUAUUCUGUAGACAUUUCUGAUACUACGGCGACAUAACAUUGAGGUUGAACUCAACAGCAUUGCUUUCUUGUUUUUUUUUUUUUAUAAAUAUGUAUUACAUUCCUUUUGUGCCAUAGUUGCGAUACCUCAUGUUGUCGACUCAGGUCCAUUCUUGCUCUUUUGUAUAAGCGUUAUAAUCUGACCUAUGUGUACGUCGUUUUUAUCUUUGUAGUUUGCCAGUAUUUUUUUUCUCAGAGUAAAUGUUUAUAAGUUUUAAUUAAAAUGGUUCUCAUGUUUUCAGAAAUUAAGCGUGCUGAAUUUUUUCAUGCAGUUAUACUACAAAACAAAAUAUAAUGUCAUAGAUAAAUAUCUGUGUUGUUUAUGUGUCUUUUAUUACAACAAUCGAGGUAUUUCGGACUUAAGAAAUAAAACUAUCAAUGAAUCAGGCUUAAAAAAACGUUUCCACAAACCCGACCGGCCCUAUUUUUUUUUAUCUUUAACCUUUUUUCGUAUUUCAGUGCGAUAAAAACAAUACAUACAACUUUACCUUUAAAAAAUAAUGUUGAGUAAUGAUACAUUGGAUUGUUGUUAUUUUUAUAUUCUUUUUUAAAGUCGGAAUAACUAGUACUCAUUAAAAAGGUUAACGAAGAAACCCGUUUAGCCGUCAAAUCCAACAUGUUAAUUUGGAGAAGUGUUAGUGAAAACACGCCAUCUGUCUAUUUCCGCCAAUACCUUUGUAUUUUAGAUUUCCAUUUUGGUCCCCUACUCCGUAUACUUGUAAAGUCACAUCAAUUUUUUUAAUACUCUUAUAGUUCAGGACACAACAGACGCGAACACAUACAAAUUCUUCAUGGCUUCUUAAACAUGAUAUCAAUAAAGGCCAGUAGAACAUGAUAUCAAUAAUGGCCAGUAACUAAAAUAUUUAAAUGCGUUUGGUUAAUUCUAAGUUUGAACAUCUUAUUUUUAUUGUGUUUGUUUAUGUCAAAUUAUUUUUUUAUAUAAAAUGUAUACUGGGCAUACUGAACAUGUUUUUCCUCUUGUGUACAUAAAUACAUUUGAUGUGUGUGUGUAUACCUGUAUUUACAUAUUUUCAAAAUCGCAUUUUGCCUGAUUACAUAGAUUAUAUCCUGCUGCAGAAUUGUCAGUGCCUUGUAUAGUGUAGGAUAAUAAAGUAUACUAAUU